AAGAGUAUAAUUCAUCAUGGCCGAAAUUCCUAAAGUCCAGACAGUUGCUCUUGUGCGAGAAAUCGGCGGUCCUGUGGAGUUUCCCAAUGACUAUCCUGUUCCUACUCCUGGAAACAACGAGGUACUAGCUAAAGUCCUCUACACCGGGGACGCCGUCGCCCCAGGCCCUGAUGGGAUUCCGAUCACGAAGUUCAAGUUGCCUCACAUUGGAGGCCAUGAAGGCGUAGGGCGUAUUGUGGCUCUUGGCCCGGGUUGCGGGCCAGACCUGAAAUUAGGCACUCUUGUUGGGAUUCGCUUUGCCAGUCGGGUCUGCAGGCGGUGCGAGUACUGCUUAGCUGGAACGGAGCAAUACUGCCUGAAAGGCACAAACCACCUUCACCACGAGGACGGCAGUUUUCAGGAGUACAUCGCGCUUGAUGCGGACUACUUGACUAUUCUCCCAGAUGACGUCGAUCCCAAGACUAUUGCUCCAGUACUGUGCGCCGGAAUUACUGCAUACAAGGCAGUUCUAGGAGCAAAUAUCAGGGCUGGACACUGGCUGGUUGUUGUUGGGGCAGGAGGAGGGCUCGGGCAUAUGGCAGUCCAAUACGCCAAAGUCCUUGGAGCCCAGGUGAUUGGCAUCGACGCCCCCGACAAACGCGAUUUCGUUCUGAGUGUGGGCGCUACUGAAUUCGUCGACUUCGUCAAUACAGAUCCUGUUCAGCGCGUUCAUGAAAUCACCGGCCUAGGCGCACAUUCUGCGGUCGUAACAGCCGGGAGCGGAAAGGCGUUUGCCCAUCCCCGCGAGCUCGCUGCUCAAGAAUCCAGCCCCUCUACCAUCUUCAACAGCUUCACCUCAAACACAGCCUUCAAGCUCGGCCUCGCCCUCCGCACGCGGAUCCUCUCCCUCCCAUCCUCUCAACGCAAACCAGCCCUGAUCUCCAUCUCCCUAGGCGGCAGCAACGGCCCUACUGGAGCUCCGCACGUCGUGUUCCAAUGCGCUACGGAACCAGGCACAGUCCCUGACAAUGAGGUGUGGGUUCGUCGAAAGCGCAAUACAGUUGAGCGGUGGGGUGUCUCGAGUUGGUUAAUGAGGCGGAAGAUUUUUGCUGGACUUGAAGGAGCGAGUGCGGAUGGUAUUGGGGCGGAGGAGGCGUUUGUUAGAAAGUAUGCGCUGGUGAGUUCGUCCGGUGGGAAGAUUGCGGAUGACUAUGCGAUACAUGGGGGUGGGUUUCCGAUUCGCGUAAAGGGGGUAGAUGGGAUAGUGGGUGUGGUUGUCGUGAGUGGAUUGAAGCAAGAGGAUGAUCAUCAGGUCAUUGUGGAGGUCGUGCAGGAGUUGAUUGCACAGGGGAACUGA